UUUCCUCGUUUCCACAAAAAACAACGUGUGCAUCUAAACUAAAGUCCGCUCUCUGUGAUUCCACCGCCGUUUCACGAUUUUUGCGCACUAGAAUAAUUACGAUUAACUAAUCUCAAUUAAAUUAUCAUCAUGUCGUUGAAGGUGCUCGUUUGCGGUGAUGUUGACGGAAAGUUUAAAACGUUGUUUGACCGAGUUUCUAGCGUAAAUAAAAAAGCCGGUCCGUUCCAUCUGCUCCUCGUUACGGGCAACUUUUUCGCCCCGGACGCCACGCCAGAGUCAGAACCACCUCCACCGGCCCCCAUACAGACCCUGAUAUUGGGACCUUGCUCGACCAACCAGCUCCCCCUGUAUCAUGACCUUAAUGGGUGCGAUGUGUCGGAAACCAUCACAUAUUUGGGUCGAUGUGGCGUGUAUAAUGAGGCCUCGGGUCUAAGAAUUGCGUACCUUUCCGGAACUCAACACGACGGUCCGGCCUCAACCCGUCCUGCGACGCAGUUUAAUUACGAGGACGUUAAAAGCCUCCGCGUCCGGUUAGAAAACGAGUCCAACUUUCGUGGUGUGGACAUCCUUUUGACGUAUGCGUGGCCUGCCGGCGUGGAUACUGGAGCGCCGACGAAACCAGAAGAAAAGCCACAAUCUCAGUCCUCCCUUGUCGCCGUGUUGGCGCAGGCUAUCAAGCCGCGCUACCAUUUUGCCGCAGGGGGCGAGAACCUGAAUUAUGAACGCGUGCCGUACCGAAAUCACCAAGUUCUAGCCGAGGCGGCUAUCCACUGCUCGAGAUUCAUUUCCCUAGCUCGUGUGGGCAAUGAGAAGAAGCGAAAGUGGAUUUACGCCUUCAAUGUUACUCCAAUGAAGGAGAUGAAGAGAGAAGAGUUACUCCAGGAACCUGUCGCCAUCACCACAAACCCGUAUGGGGGCAAGGAUCGUUCUAGUCAUCAACACGGCAGUGCCACGAGUAGUCCUACUUCCGGCGGCGUUAGGACUGCCGCCUCGUCCCAAUUUUUCUACGACACAUCCUACACAGGAGAGCGCGGUGGACGGGGACGUGGUGGUCGAGGUGGUCGCGGCAACAAGCGACCAUUUAACCAAGGUCAAGGUCACUGCGGAGAGGGUGGUCCCCCUAAUGGGAAGCGGCAGCAUACCAGGCCUCCCCCCUCCUGCUGGUUUUGCCUUGCCAGCCCCCAAGUGGAGAAACAUCUCGUCGUCAGCAUUGGAGAAUCGGCGUACGUGACUUUGGCUAAGGGUGGGCUGACGCCUGAUCACGUCCUGAUUCUCCCGAUUGGUCAUUACCAAUCGCUCCUUGAUUGUCCGCCCGAGGUUCUGGAGGAGAUCGAUAAGUUCAAGGACAGCUUGAAGACGUACUUCGACUCUAUUGGGAAGGCGGUCCUCAUUUUUGAGCGGAAUUUCAAAUCACCUCAUCUCCAAGUACAAGUUGUUCCCAUUCCCAAGGAGAAGACCAGCGGACUCAAAAUCACAUGUCUCGACUACGCUGAAUCGGAAGGUAUCGAAAUGCAAGAAUUUCCCCCCAACGCGGAACUCUUUCAAAUGACGCGUCCCGGCUUCCCAUAUUUCCUCCUUGAACUUCCCGACCGUUCCAAACUUUUUGCUGCCAUCCGCCAAACAUUUCCUCUGCAGUUUGGACGCGAAUUGGCCGCCUCCACGCCACUCCUAGAUUGUCCCGACCGUGUCGACUGGAAGGAGUGUAAAGUUUCCAAAGAAGAGGAGACCAGCCUCACCCAGGCCGUACGGAAUGCGUUUAAACCUUUCGACUUUACCCUCUCAUAGUCGAAGGAAAUCCUAGAAUUAUAAAUUUGCAAUUACAAGUUCUUUCACUAAUUAGCACAAAUUUUAAAUCCAAUUGUCCAGAGUCGGUUAAUUUAUGCGUCUAAAAAUUAUUCCCAAUUUUUAAUCACCUAGAUUUUUUAUAAAUUUAGUUAAAAAUUUCUAUGAAAUUUAAUCACGGAUAUUUCCUAUUUUUGCUUCUCGGUUUAUUUAUCUUCUUCAUAGAAUAUGUUUUAUAAUAUAAUAAAUUGCUGAUAGUUUUCAUUUUGCAUAAUUAUUAACUUUAACUACAUGUACUUAAUUUUGCAACAUUUCUUCUCAGUUAUUAAAUAUCUUGCAGUUUGU